UGAUGAUGAUGGUGAUUAUAAUCUCGCUGUCUAGUUUCACCCUGAUUUGGAUAAGUUUCAUUUUGAGUCUGGUUCCUCUUAAAGUUUGAGUCCUUGCCAUUGUUGCCACUGGUUUGCUCAUUAAGGAUCUAAAUCUCCAUCUGGGAAAUGCUAUCAAAUCUCAAACGGCAAAAUAUGAACACUGACUUUUAGUUCUUCUGUCGAUGUAAUGAAAAAAUGUAUCUCAAUUUAAUUAAUGAAUGAAGUAAUUGUGUAUUUCUGUAUGUAUUUUUUUACAUUACUACAUAACCAUGGAAACUCCACAUGCAUGUGAGCUAUAUUUUACUGCGCAUGUUUACUUUCUGCUGGGGGUUUAUACGGAUGUUUGAUUUAGAGUGUGCAACAGAAAGAUAGAGAGAGUGAAAAAAAGGGAACUAAGCUAGUACAAAGCAACUUCACCCAGAAGUAAGGAGUGUAUUUGUAAUAACUGUCUCUUUGGGAAACAUGCACUUUUACUCACUAGUUGGUUCUGGAAUUCUCUUUGGGUUCUUCCUCUGUAUAUCAGACGUACAGAGCAUGAGGACACUGAAAAACGUAGCUGUAAAACACGGAGGAUCUGUCACUAUUCCGUGUCUUUAUGAAGACCAAUACAAACCAAACCCUAAAUUCUGGUGCAAAGGGUAUUUUUGGUCUUCCUGCAGCAUAGAAGCCUAUGCAAACUCAAUUGGUAGUACAUCAGUCACUGAUUAUCUAGCACAGGAUAUGUUCACUGUUGAACUGAACCCGGUUUCUGAUUCUGGAACGUACUGGUGCGCAGCAGAAAUUGGUAGUAAAUGGACCCAAGAUGACUAUGAUUAUUUGUACCUAACUGUUAGUCAAGAUCCUGAUCUGUCUGUGAAGGAGAGCAGAGUGAGUGCUGAGGAAGGAGGAAGCAUCACAGUCCAAUGUCUCUACAGCGCUGCGUAUCAGAAUACACAGAAGCAGUGGUGCAGAUUCAAAGACAAUGUAUGCAACACAUUUAGGAGUACUGAUACAUCCCAGAAGUCAGCAGUGCAGGUCAGUGAUGAUGGGAGAGGAUCCUUCAGUGUGCAGAUGAGUGGACUGAAGAAGAGUGAUGCUGGCUGGUACUGGUGCAGUGCAGGAGAUCUGCAGGUUCCUGUUCACAUCAGUGUCGGUGAUGAAGCUCCAGGUAUCUCUGAAAAAAAAGAGGAACAUAAAACAUCUCCUAUUGAUGACACUAUACUGGCUCUUUGCAUCAUCUCUGGGCUCUUUUUGGUGCUCAUAGUGACUGGUUGUGUCAUCUGGAAGCGUAAACAGAAACACAUUGGACUAUUAGUCUUAAACAAAGGAGCUAGCCACAGUCCGAUAAACACUGAUGUGGUUUAUGAUGAUGUCGUUUUGGGACAGCCACAGAGCAUUCCAAACAAGAGUCCCAAAGAACGUGAGGAUGCGGUGAUAUAUAGCACUGUGGUAGAUGGACAAUGCAAGGCCUCAUCAGCUUCUGAGCAAGAAGUCACCUACAGCACUGUCAGAACCUCUCACCAUCCAACAGUCUCUCCAGUUCCCCCGAAUGACAAAGUCAUCUACAGCUCAGUAAAAAGUCACACAUGAGAGGCUACUGAAAAAACUCCAGCACUGGAAAGUCUUUGCAAGAAGUGGUGGUACUACACACGUUUUGUGUGUUACUCUAUCCACAAUCUAGAAUCGCUUACUGUAAAUUUGUCUUUUCUUCUCAACCACAAGCUUCUCUUUUUUUUUUUUUUUUUUGAGCAUGUUUCUGUGUUGGAGGGUGUGUGUGUGUGUGUGUGUGUGUGUUUAACAAUGUAUACUGCCAAGGUAUGCAGUGCUGUGAAAAAAGUAUUUGUCCUCAUCCUGAUUUCUUCUGUUUUUGUGUAUAUCUCAUACUAAAUUGUUUUAGAUCUUCACAUGGAGUACAACAUAAAACAAAGGCAACGCACAAGGUAAACACACAAUACAGUUUUUAUUUAUUUAUAUAUUUUAUUGAAGCAAAAAAAAAAAAAAAAAUUAUCCAAUACCCAUCACCCAUGUGAAAAACUAAUUGCCCUC